AUGGAUAAAGCAAAAAUUGAAGCGGCUCUAAAUAUCUGUAAUACCUUACCUGCUCAUUUAUUUGAAGAAACAAUUAAAAUACUAUCAAAAAUUGAUAAAAACUUAACCAACAAUAUUUUAAUAAAUAAAGAAGGACCUAUAAAAACUAAAUUUGAUAGUGAAGAAAAAAAAUACUAUUUAGCAAAUAUGUUUAAUAAAGAAAAAGAUUCAUAUAGAUCUCCUUAUGCAAAUAUUUAUUAUCCUGAUCAUUUUUCAAAUUCAUAUAUACCUUCUGAACCUUUAAGAAAUUUAGAGAUAUUAUUUAAUGAAGUAUUUGAUAGAUAUAGAAGGGCAUACUAUAUAAGUGGAUUAUCUUCUGUUUAUUUAUGGCCUAAUCCAAUAGAAGAGGGAUUCGUUGGAUGUUUUUUAAUAAAAAAAAAAGAAGAUUAUGAUGCCAACAUAAAUAUUAUUUGGGAAGGAACACAUUUAAUACAGGUAAAUAUAUCACAUUUAAUUAUUCAUUAUCAAAUUUCUUCAACUGUUAAUUUUUAUGUUACUAAAAAAAAUGAAAUUAUUUUAUCUGCUUCUAUUAAUAAAGCUUUAGAAAACUCCAAGAAAAUUUUAGAUAUGAAUAUAUUAAAAGACAAAUUUUUUCAUAUAGAGAAUAUGGGAAAAAUGAUUGAAAGUAUUGAAAACUCUCUCAGAAAAAGUAUUGAAUAUAUAUAUAUACUAAAAAUUAAUGAUAUUUUAAAUUCUCUUAGAUUUAAUGAUUUACUUUGUGACUACGCAUAUGAUGAAAAAAUUAUGAAAUUGCAAAGUAUAUGUAAUAACCUUACAACUUCCAAAGAGAGCAUUCAAGAUGAAUUAAAAUUAAAAUUUAAAAAUAAAAAUUUGAAUAUAGGAACACAAUAUUCUAUUAAUACUUAA